ACAGAGCAAGCAGUCUGAUUAAAACCAGCCUCCCUUCUCCUAUCGUCGUCAGGAGAUAGGAGAAGGGGGCUGGUUUUUUAUUUAAAAGCAAGGUAACUCUAUCCGGGAAAGAUAAUGCCACAAAUAAGAGUUUUAAAGAUACGUAGCUGCUUUUAUUUCCGGGUGUAUAUUUUUGUGCAUGGGUCUGUAUCACAGUAUCUGUACUAAUGUAAAUAUUGUACUCACGCACCUCACUCACAGUACUGUAGGCUUAGUUACGACUGCUAAUUACCAGGCAAAAUAUUCUGUCAGUAUGAUCGAGAUAGAUUAAAGAUGGCGGAUGUGAAGAUCAGAUGGGAUCAUGAAGAUCCAAUGAAACAUUACAUAGAAGAAAAAAGAAGGAAAGAGAAGUUAGAAAGAAUUGAACAGCUGAAGGCUCUUGUAUUUGAUUCAUCAUCAGAUACUUCACCUUCAUCCACAGAUUCUGAUUACCACAGAAAACACAAGAGAAGAAAAUCACUAAAGCACAGAAAAUCUUCAGCAGAUUCCAAGUCCAAGAAAAAAAAAUCACAUAGAAGGUCAAGAACAUACUCCUCCGAAUCAGAUAGGCUAAAGGAAGGCAGGAAAAGGUCAAGAACAUAUUCCUCCGAAUCAGAUAGGCUAAAGGAAGGCAGGAAAAGGUCAAGAACAUAUUCCUCCGAAUCAGAUAGGCUAAAGGAAGACAGGAAAUAUGAAAUAAAGAAAAGAAAGAGGAAAAGGUUGAAGGAAAAUGACAGUGAAUUCAAACUGAGGAACCAACACGGAGAACACGACAAAAUGUAUAAAAAGAUAAAAACUGUAAAAACAGAUGGCUCUGAAGUUUGGGUGGAGAAAACCAACAGUGACAGUGAAAUUCAGACAGCCACAGUUUAUAGAAAAUCACAUCCAAAGAACCAUAAACAUAAAAAGCACAAACAUAAACACGAUAAGGCCUAAAGUGUAACCAGAUGUAUACAUAUGCAAAUUGAAUGAUUUAAAAGAA